AUGCUGAGCCAGGCUCUCUCCUCGUCUCGAGUUUUGGCCGCACUAGCUGCAGCCGUCGUCAAUUUGCAAUUGAUGGUUGUCCUGCAGAACGCAUCUAGGAAACAAAAAAGUGGCGCACUGCAAACCAAGACGCACAUUAUGUCGUCGAGCACACAGAACAACGUUGCGGACAGCUCGUCGGCGCCAGUCUCGUCAUCUGCAGAGCACCCUCCUGCCUUGUCCGACUCGACACCACAUUCCGAUACUCCUUACGCUGCCACUGCAACCGCUCCCAAAUCCGCUCUCGCCACCGCCACUCCAAGAGCCUCCAACGCCAGCAGCAGCAACAACCUCUCACACCGCCCCAAGCGUGCCGUCAUCGCCGACUCGGAACCCGACAUGCUUGAAAAGGGUCAUGCCCCCUCGUCCAACGAAGACUCCUCCGCCCUCUCACAGACUAUCACUUCCUCCGAUCCUGCUUCCUCCACCACCACUCGAAAACGUGGUGUCAACCGCGAUCAGUCUUCCGUCGGCGAGGGUCUAGGUGGACCUUUUGCGGGCCCACCCCGCAGAGCCACCAUGGAUUCCAGGGCUACAACACGACGCUCCUUCAACGACCUCUUCACCCCAGAGCGUCGCCUCGGCAAACCUCCCGGCACCCUCGUCAGUCUCAAGAACCUCCUCUUUGGCUCGUAUCUCAACCUUCUACUCGUCUUCAUCCCCGUCUCUUGGGCCUUGUAUUUCGCCCUCGAUCAGAGCGUCAUCAGGAACGGCAUUCUCACCUUUGUCACCUCCUUCCUCGCCAUCAUGCCCCUCGCCACCAUCCUCUCUCAGGCCACCGAAGAGCUCUCGCUUCGAGUGGGCGAGACCAUCGGUGGUCUCAUCAAUGCUUCGCUCGGUAACGCUGUCGAACUCAUCGUCGCCAUCGUAUCCCUUUUUCAUUGCGAGCUCAUCGUCACGCAGACCUCUCUGCUCGGAUCUAUCCUCUCGAAUCUGCUGCUCGUGUUGGGAACGUGCUUCUUUGUCGGAGGUCUUCGCGUCAAGGAGCAGGUCUUCCUCGAGGCACCCACUCAGCUCAACACGUCGCUUCUCAUGAUGGCUGUCAUUUCGCUUGUCAUCCCGUCAGCGUUCCAUGCCGUACUUGGCAGCAUCCCUGACGAUACGGAGCGCGGCGAUAUUCUCAAGUUUAGCAGAGGUGUCUCCGUCCUGCUUCUCCUGAUCUACAUCGGUUUCCUCUACUUUAGUCUGUUGUCGCAUAAGGAGUUCUUCCAGGACGACAACGAAGACGAAGAGGAGCAGCCAUCAAUGAACAUGACAGCCGUCAUCAUCACCCUCGUCUUCGUUACCGUCCUCAUCGGCGUCACCUCCAACUGGCUCGUUGAGGCCAUCAAUGUCGUCGCCUCUACCGGUGCCAUCACCCGGACUUGGAUCGGACUUAUCCUCCUACCUAUCGCCAGUAACGCCACCGAACAUCUGGCUGCGGUCAUCUUUGCUUGGAAGAACAAGAUCCAGAUGGCCUCUUCCAUUGCGAUCGGCUCGUCCAUCCAGAUCGCUCUCUUUGUCAUCCCGCUGCUCGUGCUCAUCGCUUGGAUGGGUGAUCGUCCCCUGACGCUGCUGUUCGAUCCUUUCGCCACAAUCUUGCUGUUGUUGACGGUGCUGAUCGUCAAUUUCGCGAUUGCGGACAACAGGUCGAAUUACUUGGAGGGUUUCGUGCUCAUCAUGGUGUAUUUGAUCGUCGCCUUGACGGUGUGGUUUGUACCGGACGAUUUGUCCGACUCGCUGUUCUCGGAUGCGUAUUGUCACAAUCGUUAG